ACGAGACGACCCCAGCUUCUGCUCGCCUUGGUUCCGGUUCCGGCGUACUAGUAGGAAAGGGAGCGCUAUUUGCCGUGCCUAACUGCCUAUGGGUUGCCUUGGCCCUUGGGGGUCAGCGCUCAGCAGGAGGCAGCAGAGGCACACCAAGGGGUGGGGGGAGGAACCAACGGCGACGGCGAGCGCGGGGGCUCCGGCUCCGAUUAGCCCCUCCGCCGUCUGGGCGCCCUGGUAUCCUCAGGAGCGCGGCGGCGAGCCAAUGCUUCGGCUGCUCGGCGACGGGGAUCACGUGGGCUGCUGCCUGUACCCUGCACGCGCUUCCAUCCCAUCAGUAGGGCGCGCAUGGACCCACCGGUCAGGCCCAGUCGAGUGGGCCCGACGCCACGCGGCUCGCACGGCGGUGGCGCCUGAACCGUUGGAUCAGCCACAGCAGGCACGCGCGGGGAUCCGACGGCUCAGGAUGCGCCCGGGCGAAGGAAACGAGACCAAGCUACAUAUUUGCUGCACCUGCGUCUGCAUGCACCUCACCUCUGGGCUCUGCAGGCUCUGCUGCAGCAUAACCACUUUCGAUUCUCCUCUCCAGAGCAGCGGAAAGGAAAGAUAACCCUGUAAUGGGUGCAGCUGGUAGCCUUCCUAGCCUUCCCGUAACAUCCAAGUUGUCUACCGCAGGAGAGAAUGACUCAAUUAAGUAUGCCACCUCAUCUAUGCAAGGAUGGCCUGAGGAAAUGGAAGAUGCUCAUGCAGCCAUCCUAGAUCUAGAUGGUUCCCAGUCUACAUCAUUCUUUGGUGUUUACGACGGCCAUGGAGGAGGUGAAGUAGCACUGUAUUGCGCAAGACAAUUUCAUAUUGAGCUUGUCAAUGAUCCAGACUAUGGCAACAAUCCGGCUACCGCAAUGGAGCAUGUGUUUUUCAGAAUUGAUGAGCAGUUGCAGCAAUCGGAUGAAUGGAGGGAGUUAGCUAAUCCUCGUGGUUAUUGCUAUUUGAUGAGGUGUCUCAGGACUAGUCUUUGUGCUGCUUGGCCCGUGAAGGCACGUUACAUUGGGCCCCAAUAUGAAGGAAGCACAGCAUGUGUGGCUAUCAUUAGAGGCAACCAGAUCAUUGUUGGUAAUGUUGGUGAUUCCCGUUGUGUACUCUCAAGGAAUGGUCAGGCAAUUAAUCUAUCCAUGGAACACAAACCAUACCACCGAAAUGAAAAGGCGAGAAUUCAAGCAGCAGGAGGACAAGUACUCAUGGAUAUGUUCCCUAAGGUACUAGCAGGACAAGUAGUCGGGACAGAAUUGGGCAUCUACCGUGUUGAUGGAAAAUUAGCCAUGUCCAGAGCCAUUGGUGAUUUUCAGUACAAGCAGAACAAAACUUUGCCUCGUGCAGAACAAAUGGUGACAUGCAAUCCUAGCAUUCGCGCUGUGAACAUAACUGAUGAUACUGAAUUUCUUAUUAUUGCAAGUGAUGGUAUCUGGGAUGUCAUCACAAGUCAACAAGCGGUUGAAUUUGUACACGCAUGCUUACGAAAUGGGAUGACAAAUCCGCGUGCCAUCUGUGAGUCACUUCAAAAUCUAUGCCUGAGGUCGGAGGACAAUUCUGCUGUAAUACUGGUUCAGUUCAAGGACGGUGUCCGGAUUGGUCCAAGUGGUGAAGCCAGAGCUGAUAGUGACAACGAGAUCGUCGAAGUGCAAGCGCAAUCCAGCCGAACCACUGAAAUUGAAGAUUGCUUCUGGACGGGUUUGUUCGACGAGGAAGGAUAGCUGCACGCCACAUAGUUUUGAAUUUUGAUCAAGUAGAGAAAGCUGAUACUAAGUUGGGACGGUUGAGGGUUAAUCUACAGGUUGAACUUGAAGUGCUAUUUUUUCCUCUUUGUCGAAGACAGAGUUGAUGUGCAUGUUGCCGAUACACUGUAGAUUUUGCCUAAUGGGGUCGUAAUUAGCACGUCACGUUGUUGUAUCGCUGGAGAUUUUGCCUGAGAGUUAGAGCCACUUCUACGAACGCACUUUGUUUGCGUUCUGAUGUUGGAUACUGAAGAUGCUUAACAGUGGUAGUUUAUAUUUUCUAUGCAGCAGAGUACGUUUCA